AUGACAUCACGUGUUGGCCCCAGAGCUGCUGGUACCAAUGGAAGUGACUUUAAACACAGAGAGAGGGUUGUCCCACAUUACCAAAUGAGUGCUUCCCUGAAGUCAGAGGUACGGAAGUUAAAUCUGGUCCACCUGCUCUUGUGGCUGCUGGUGGCUGCACAGGUGACUGUCAGCCACUUCAACCUGAUGUCACAUGACACAGUGUCCAUGCCGUACCAGUGGGAGUACCCCUACCUGCUCAGCCUUCUCCCUCUGCUCUGCAGCAGCCUGUCACUUCCAAAGAACAAUAUCAGUUACCUGGUUAUAUCCAUGAUCAGCGCAGGCCUGUUCUCUGUGGCACCUCUCAUUUAUGGUGGGAUGGAGAUGUUUCCUGUAGCGCAGCAGCUCUACCGCCAUGGAAAGGCCUACCGCUUCAUUUUUGGCUUUUCUGCAGUCACUGUUAUGUACCUCAUCAUGGUGGUUGCUGUCCAGGUGCACGCCUGGCAGUUAUAUUACAUGAAAAAGCUGUUAGACUCAUGGUUCAACACCACUCAGGAGAAGAAGAAGAAAUAA